CCCCUCUCUUUCACGAAAACUGAGAUUGCAGGGGGGUAGAAGUAAGUCGACUAUAAUGAAACGAGUACGCGUCACGUUAUUAAUCGGCGCAUUUUAAACAGCGUAUUUUUAAGGUUCUUAAAUAUUGCACUAACACGCGAAAAAAGACGAGGUAGUAAUCGGAGGCUGGAUCGUUUAAAUCUGAGUUUCCGAAAACCUGGACAUCCCCCGCGCAUUCAGCGAGGACUGGUGAAGUUAGCCAGCUAGCUAACUAGCAAUCCAGUUGGUGAGAGAAAAACCGGGACGGAGAAGAAGAGGGGAGGGGGUCGCCAGCGAGCCAGAGUCGCGAGCGAGGACUAUGUUUGGUACUUUUCGGAGCAAACUGAAGCUUCGGGGGAGCUUGAAAGUUCACCGAAGCCGGAUCUGACACCAAAAAGGAGUAAUCAUUUAAAGCGAGGGGACGUUUAUUUUUGGGCGAUGUUAGUGCCGCUGGCGGGGCCGGUCCGCGGCAGCGGCGGCGGGGCAGGAUCGCGGGGUUGGCCCCACUCGGUGCCGUGGACGCGAGUGUGCUUCUUUUUCCUGCUCCUGCUCGAAGCGGCUGCCUGCCUCGCCAACCCCAUCGCUCCCGGUAUCGACAGCAGCAGUCGCCCCAGUGUCAGCGUUUACAUGAACGAAGCAGAGGUGAAGAAGCUUUUAGGUCUGUAUGCAGAGCUGUAUUACGUGAGAGAUGACGUCAUCAAUCACCACGCCCUCUCCUUCAUUCUGCCAGUGCCCAGCGAGACCAACAGCUUGCACUUCAGCUGGUACUCCAGGAACAAGGUGGAGUACAGGCUGGGCUUCCAUGUGGAUAACCCUGCCGCCAUGAGUCUGCCCCAGAGCAACAUCUCCAUCCACGGGGAGGUGCCCCGCAGCCUCUCAGUUUUCCGCGUGGACCUCUUCUGUUCGGGCAAAGUGGACGCGGAAGUGAUCCUGACCAUGCAGCUCAACCUGACCAUCAUCUCCAACAACUUCACAGUCCUCAACUUCAAGAGGAGGAAAAUGUGCUACAAACGGAUUGAGCAGCCGGAGCCGAAGAUCCUCCCGUUCCCCAACAAGAACGCCAGCAAGCCUGUGUUUGACAGUGUAAACCCCGCCCCCACCACCUCCACCCGCGUCUUCUACAUCAGCGUGGGAGUCUGCUGUGCCGUCAUCUUCCUGGUGGCCAUCGUCCUGGCUGUGCUGCACCUGCACAGCAUGAAGAGGGUGGAGCUCGACGACAGUGUGAGUGACAGCGGCAGCUCCCAGGGCCUGUCGCAGCCUUCCACCCAGACCACGCAGUACCUGAGGGCCGACACGCCCAACAACGCCACCCCCGUCACCAACAAUCACCCAGGUUCUGCACCCAUACUUCAGCUUGCUGCCGCCUCCUUCCCCAACCCUGGCGCCCCCUCCCACGAAACCAAAAGUUACCCGUCUCUGCGUAUUGAGAAGAAUGACCUGCGGAGUGUGACUCUGAUGGAGGCCAAAGCCAAGGUGAAAGACAUCGCCAUCUCCAGAGAGAGGGUCACCCUGUGUGACGUUCUGCAGGAAGGGACAUUUGGCCGGAUUUUCUAUGGUGUCCUGCUGGAUGAGAAGGACCCCAGCAAGGAGAAGCGGGUUUUUGUGAAGACAGUGAAAGACCACGCCUCAGAGGUACAGGUGACCAUGAUGCUGUCAGAGAGCUGUAAACUCCGAGGCCUGCACCACAGGAAUCUGCUGCCCAUCAGCCACGUGUGCACGGAGGACGGGGAGAAGCCCAUGGUGCUGCUGCCCUACAUGAGCUGGGGGAACCUCAAGCUCUUCCUGCGGCAGUGCAAGCUGGCCGAGGCCAACAACCCGCAGGCCGUAUCCCAGCAGGACCUGGUGCACAUGGCCAUCCAGAUUUCCUGUGGAAUGAGCUACCUGGCUCGCAGAGAGGUCAUCCACAAAGACCUGGCAGCCAGGAACUGUGUCAUCGAUGACAGCAUGCAGGUGAAGAUCACAGACAACGCCCUGUCCCGGGACCUCUUCCCGAUGGACUACCACUGCCUGGGGGACAACGAGAACCGGCCGGUCCGCUGGAUGGCCCUGGAGAGCUUGCUCCACAACGACUUCUCCAGCGCCAGCGAUGUGUGGGCGUUUGGCGUGACUCUGUGGGAGCUGAUGACCCUGGGACAGACCCCCUACGUGGACAUCGACCCCUUCGAGAUGGCCGCCUAUCUGAAGGACGGCUACAGAAUAGCACAGCCAAUCAACUGUCCUGAUGAACUGUUUGCAGUGAUGGCUUGCUGUUGGGCCCUUGAUCCGGAAGAGAGGCCUAAAUUUCAGCAGCUUGUCCAGUGCCUCACCGAGUUCCAUGCAGCUCUCGGGGCUUAUGUCUGAAAUGCAGUCCCAUGCUUUUCCGUGGAUUAAUGGAGCUGGUGGUCAGCACUGUGCUGGAAUAACACAUCUUCAAUGAAACUGUGCCUUUUUAAAGAAAGAAAAAGACUUUCGAAACCGUA